AUGGCUACCCAGGGAAAGCUCGAUGCGGCACAGGCGUCCGACAUCAGUCAACUCUGGCAACAAGCAGUCAAGAACUAUGAGAAAAAGACCAAGAAGUCUCUGCACCUGGCGCAAUUCAGCAACAUCGACCAAAUAAUGAAGGGCACGGAAGGCUUGUCAAGCGAGUUUAAGGAUUUCCGGCAUGACCGAUCGAAAACAGACAAUGUGCGGACUGCAUUGAAGAAUAAUUUAUGGCUGAUUCAGAAGGUCGUGAAUACAGUCGAGGUGGUUGGGAAUGCUGCAUCGGCCUUCCCCCCCGCAAUGCCAGCCAGCUUGAUUUUCACGGCCUUUGGACAGGUCAUGCAGUCUUUUGCCGCGGUAUCCGCCGACUAUGACAAGAUCAUGGGGUUUUUCGACUUCACGCAUCGCUUCUUCGACCGGCUCUCCAUGAUCGAGGAUAAAACUCCCCAGCAAGCGCCGUUCCAGCGAUGCGUUGCGCGGGUCUUCUCAGGCAUGCUGACCAUUUGUUCCAUGGCGCAGGAAUAUGCCGAGAAGAAAAGAUUCAAAAAGUGGUUUUCCAGUUUGAUCGAUGGAUCGGAUGGGGCUCUUUCUAGUGCCAUCCAGGAAAUGGAGGAGGCCGUGAACGAGCUGACGCAAGCCGUUGGCCUAGCUACGCUACGAACCGUCGAGAUCCUAGACGACAUCGUCCAAAGCAUGAACGGAAACGUCGAGUUCCUCGUAGCGCAGGUCACUGUAAUCGAUGGACGAAUGAAGGACAUCAAAUCCGACACAGGGACUAUCAUCGAACAAACCCAGACACUGGAACUGAAACAGGACGCCAUGCUCAAGAUGCUGAACGAGCAAUCUCGGCUUUUCAACGACGCGGUGCAAAGUUUCGAGUAUAUCCAAAUGGGGUCUAAUUUCGGGCAGAGCUUCCAAACCAGUUUGCUGAAACUCGACGUCGUAAGGCUCAAGCUGACUCGGUGGGGUCAGUCGGUUGGACUGGCGAAUGUGGACGACGGCGUGAAACAGCUUCAGAUGACGAAUCUCGCUCCCGAAGAUCAAGAGCAGGUCCAGGAUCUUCUGUCCCAAAUUCUGGAGCUCUUUGCGGAAGCUGAAGCGGCGUCGAAGCGAUUGCGACGACGCAAUCCCAACUUGAAAGUGCUGGACCCCGCCGAAGAGCUAGACGGCGUCUCAGCACCACUGCACCAGAAGAUGCAAGAUCUCGCUAAGAAGCGGCAGGGAAAGUCCGAGUUGGAGCAGGACCAAGUGACUAUUCUGUACGAGGAGAAGAAUUUCGCCCGGCUGAUCGAGGACAUCGGUGAAUUGGUGGAUGGCUUGGUCGAUCUUUUCCCAGGAAUUCAGGAAGAGCAGCGCAAGCUGUGUGAAGAGGAGGUGUCCGGGUUGAACGCGAACGAGGGCGCUCUUUCGCUGCUGAAGGAGGUUGCUGCUGGCCAGGACAAGCUGCUGAGUGACACGGUUGUCAAAGUCAUUCAAUCCACUACCUCCUACACCAACAGUGUGGUAUUUUCGGGACCCAACUCGGGCUUUCAGAUAGGGAACAACUCCGGCAAGAUUAGUGGUGUUCGCUUUGGUGGUUCCUAA